AUGGGGUCCGUUUAUAGGGCUCUACCCCCUUUAGAAGGAAACCGCCGAUGCCGACCUCAGGACGAAUUCGGUUCGAGCCGUGAGAAUGUCCCCCCGAGAUCAAUUAUCGUGUCCGGUAGCGGGGAUGCUUUGAGCGAUCUCCACACCAAGUUGGCGCAUAUCCAAUGGCGAAGGCAUGCGAACGAUAAGAGCAUCAGGAAGGCGCUCGAAACUACCAAACGGCUGCAAGAGCGUGACAUGAUGCUGCAGCUCUCUGUCGAUCGGGAAGGGGAGACGAAACUCCAUCUGAAAAGCCUCAAGCGUGUGGAACGGACGGUUACAUCGAAGAAAUGUAGCGCCAUCACCGCCCAGCGGCCUGAAAGCCGCGAUGCCGAGGGACGAGGAGGAGGAGAGCGCGCGUUGGAGCAGCAAGAAGACGACGAAGCCUUGAAGGAGAGGCUGCGGAGGGUGCGCGUCGGGGUUAAGGAGAAGCGCAGAGAGCUUCGACGUAGCGCCUCCUAUUCGAAAGAUCAACGAGGAACUUUCAGUGCCACCGGCUUCAAGACUGGGCGCGGACGAUGCUAGUCUGUGGGUUGUUAUUGAAUCUAUUACUGUGUUGAAGGGUGCUCGGGA